UAUAUCUCUCUAAUCCAUGAGAUAACCUAACUUUUGACCUAACCUCUGUUGAGAUUGUAAAAUUAAAUAUAUUAUUAAAUAUAAGAACAUUAGAGAUUGCAUCAAUAAAAGUAAUGAUGGUCAUAGAAAACAGCAGCACUAAGCUCUCUCUAGACGAGAAAUACAACCUGAUUUCCAGAAAUUUACAGGAAGUUUUAGGAGAAGACAAAAUUAAGUCUAUUUUGAAGGAACGUAACCUUAAGAUUUAUUGGGGAACAGCCACUACUGGAAGACCCCAUGUUGCUUAUUUUGUGCCCAUAUCAAAAAUUGCUGAUUUUUUAAGAGCUGGUUGUGAAGUUACAAUAUUAUUUGCUGAUUUACAUGCUUACUUAGAUAAUAUGAAAGCACCAUGGGAUUUGUUAGCUUUGCGAACACAAUAUUAUGAGCAUUCAAUCAAAGCUAUGCUCAGAUCGAUCAAUGUCCCUUUGGAAAAACUUACAUUUGAAAAAGGAACCAAUUACCAACUAUCUAAAGAGUAUACAUUGGAUGUAUAUAGGUUGAGUUCUGUUAUUACUCAACAUGAUGCUAAAAAAGCAGGAGCAGAAGUUGUAAAACAGGUGGAAUACCCUCUUGUUAGUGGCCUUUUAUAUCCAGGUUUACAAGCUUUGGAUGAAGAGUACUUAAAAGUUGAUGCACAGUUUGGAGGAGUAGAUCAGAGAAAAAUAUUUACUUUUGCUGAAAAGUACUUACCACAACUGGGUUAUCAAAAAAGAGCUCAUUUAAUGAAUCCAAUGGUUCCUGGUUUAACAGGCAAUAAAAUGUCCUCUUCUGAAGAUGAAAGUAAAAUAGAUCUCCUUGAUUCUCCUGCAGUUGUGAAAAAGAAAUUAAAAAAAGCCUUUUGUGAACCAGGCAAUAUAGAAAAUAAUGGAAUAUUGUCCUUUGUAAAACAUGUUGUUUUUCCAUUACUUAAAAAAGACGAAAAAUUUGUAGUUCCAAGAAAUGCCGAUUUUGGAGGUGAUAUUGCAUAUGGUAAUUUUGAGAGUGUUGAAAAAGCAUUUGCCAAAGAGGAACUUCACCCUGGAGAUCUAAAAGCUGCCGUAGAAAACUAUAUCAACCGAUUAUUGGAUCCUAUUAGAAAAACUUUUGAGGAACCAAGCUUAAAACAGUUAACAGAAAAGGCUUAUUCAACCCCAGGAAAACAAAGGAGCAUAAAUGUAACAGGAGCUCAAGCUAAUGAUGAAUUGGUUCCGUCUCGUUUGGACAUUCGUGUUGGAAAGAUCGUUGAAGUUUCCAAACAUCCAGACGCCGACUCCCUUUACGUCGAAAAGAUUGAUUUAGGAGAAGAAAAACCGCGGACCAUUGUCAGCGGACUUGUCAAUUUUAUUCCAAUUGAAGAGAUGCAAAAUAGGAUGGUGGUAGUACUGUGCAAUUUGAAACCGGCUAAAAUGAGAGGAGUAGAAUCUCAAGGCAUGGUUCUGUGUGCUUCUGUUGAUCACCCUAAACAAGUUGAAACAUUAAUACCCCCAGAAGGAGCUGUUCCUGGCGACAGAGUUUUCGUGGAAAACUUUGAAGCCCAUAAGCCUGAUGACGUUCUAAAUCCGAAGAAAAAAAUAUGGGAAAAGCUGCAGGUUGAUUUGAAAACUAAUUCGGAUUGUGUGGUACAAUGGCAAAAUAACAAUUUAAUGCUUAAAACUGGCGGCUUCAUCAAGAGCAAAACUAUGAAAGGAGCACCAAUUAAAUAAUAUAUCAGUCCUAAACUAAAUAAAUAAUUUAUUAUA